UACUAAGUUUGUUAAGUCACUCCGAUCAAGCAGAUCACCAUGAAGGUCUUCGUCGUUCUCGCCGUAAUCCUGGCCGUGUCCACUGCUGCCCCGCAGUUCGGUGGUAGCGAAGCCAACGCCAAUGCCAACGCUCAAGCUCAAGGUCAAGGUGGCUUUGGCGGUCCAGGCGGCUUUGGUGGUCAGCAAGGUGGCUUUGGAGGUGGUCAAGGAGGUGGCUUUGGAGGUCGUCCAGGAGGUGGCUUUGGAGGUCGUCCAGGAGGUGGUUUCGGGGGACCAGGCGGACCUGGAUUUGGAGGACCCGGAGGUCCCGGAGGACCAGGCGGUUUUGGAGGACAACAACAAGGUGGAUUCGGUGGACAGAAUGGAUUCGGAAACCAAGGCGGAUUCGGCGGCGGUCCUGGAUUUGGAGGCGGUCCUGGAUUUGGAGGCGGAAAGAGCGAAGCUAAUGCUAAUGCCAACGCCGUCGCCGAAGGAAACGGUUUUGGAGGUGGAAACGCUAAUGCCAAUGCUAACGCCAACGCCAGCUCUCGUGGAGGUGGUGCUAAUGCCAAUGCUAAUGCUAGUGCUAGCUCCAGCGCCUUUGGCAAAUAAGCCGCGACUAUGAUCCGAAUUUUUUUAAAUUAUUAAAUUUUUUAUUAUAUUAAAUACAAAAACUGAAAACAAAA